GACUAUGAGCAGCCACUUUGCACCUCAUGUCCCUCCUCCUGAUGCAACCCCUGUUAUCUCUGCUCUCUUAUCUCGCCAGCUGUUUUAUUUGAUCUGCCUUUGAAAGAGCAAACAUCAUUUGUCCUCCCAACUCAGGGGGUGAGUUUUUACAUUCCGACCAGUUAUUCCUGAAUGCUUUGACAGAGCAAAUGACAUGGCACACAUAUUUGCCUUCCAAAAGAACAUUUAAAGCAGUGUCCAAAGUCCAAACUGCAGCUUACACCAUCAGCUAUCUAUCUACACUUACUGAGGCCAGCUCUCGAGCUGGGGGUGAAACACAUUUGGAAGCAAUUGUUACAUUUCAACCGAUUUCGCUGCAGCGCCUUUAAUAUUUCCCACUGAACAAUGAACAAGGAAGAAGCUGAGGCAAGGGAUACAAGGUGCAUAAACCUGGAGGCGUUUAAUAUCUCCGAGGAGUUUGGGUUUGUCUUGCCAGAGCCAUUGUCCGACCUUCCGAAGUUCUACCAACCAUGGAUGGAUAUCGCCACCAAUCUCCCUCAGCUGAUUGAGUGUCAUCAACUUCGUCACGAAGUAAACAGAAUGCAACUUCUGGGCACCCAUCUGCUCACUGGGCACAAGCAGCUGCGGUUGGCCCACACGGCUCUGAGCUUCAUUACAAUGGGUUAUGUGUGGCAGGAGGGUGAACACAACCACACCAAGGUGCUGCCCAAGAAUCUUGCCAUUCCCUAUUGCCAGGUAUCGGAGACCCUCAGACUGCCACCCAUCUUAGUUCAUGCCGACUGUGUCUUAUCUAACUGGAAGAGAAGGGAUCAGAACAGUGCCAUGGAGUUAGGGAACUUGGACACGAUCUUUGCACUGCCUGGAGGGGAGAGCUUGAAGGGAUUUUUUCUGGUAACGUUGGAGGUAGAACUGGCUGCUGUUGACGGCAUCAAGGCAAUUGCUGCUGCAACCGAAGCAAUCUGGCGGAACGAAGAUGAUUUAAUGAAGACUGCUUUGCUAGAGAUGGCUGAAUCAAUCAGAAAGAUGAACAAGGCGUUCAGGAAGAUGGACGAGUAUGUCGACCCUGCUGUAUUUUAUGGAAUAAUUCGACUCUUUCUGUCUGGGUGGAAGGACAACCCAGCCUGUCCAGAGGGGCUUGUGUACGAGGGAGUGUGGGAAGAACCAAGGCAGUUUUCGGGCGGAAGUGCGGCACAGAGCUCCACGCUGCAGUCCUUCGAUGAGUUUUUGGGAAUACGUCACAGCGAGGAAAGUGCUAAAUUCCUCCGAAGGAUGAGGGAUUAUAUGCCACCCCGGCACAAGGCGUUUAUCCGAGCUAUUGCGUUGGGCCCUUCUGCGCGGGAGUACGUCGCCAGCCACGCCAGUGCCGGACUCCGAGACGCCUACAACGCCUGCAUCGCGGCCCUCGUGUGCCUCAGGAACCACCACAUCACCGUGGUCACCCGCUACAUCACCAUCUUGGCGGCCCGAGCCAAGGCGGGGAAGGCCAAGCUGGGGGCCGAUCCUACAGAUGUCCUCCAGAAGGCCUCGCCGUCCCUGGGAGAGAGGGGCACCGGCGGCUCGACCAUCAUGACUUUGCUGAAAAGCACACGGGACUCGACCAAAGAAGCGGCGAUCGAGAACAGCGCACAGCUCUGAUUACAGCGACCAAAGUGGGUCUCCGUGAACUGUGGGGAGUCAUUCACGGAUUAAAAACUCUAUGUAAACGCUUAGUGCUACGAACAUGGACAUAGAAAACACAAACUGCCGGUGAGAUCCAUCAACAGCCGAAAAAAAUGAAACAUAACAGCUACUUAAUGAGCUUGCAAUCUUAACAUUGAGGUAGUUAGUUAUACUUGCUACAGUGUGAUUACUUCUGAGUCUUCCAGUUGCCUUCAUUCAAUGUAUGCAGUAUUAGUUUAGUUUAUUGUCACGUGUACCGAGCUACAGUGAAAAGCUUUUUGUUGCGUGCUAUCCAGUCAGCAGAAAGACAAUACGUGAUUACAAUCGAGCCAUUUACAGCGUAUAGAUACAUGAUAAGGGAAUAACGUUUCAUGCAAGGUAAAGUCACGUUGGCGCAGCGGUAGAGUUGCUGCUUUACAGUAAAAUGCAGCGCCGGAGACCUGGGUUCGAUCCCGACUACGGGCGCUGUCUGUACGUUCUCCCCGUGACCUGCGUGGGUUUUCUCCGAGAUCUUCGGUUUCCUCCCACAUUCCAAAGACCCAUUCCGAAUUGUCCAGUAUAAAAGAAAAUUGUCCCUGGUACACACUUCGGAAGGUACAAGGUACAAGCCGAUCAAGGAAAGUCCGUGGGUCACCAAAGAGGUCGAUGGAAGUUCAGGACUGUUCUCCGGUUGUGGCGGGAUGAUUAAGUUGCCUGAUAACAUCCAGGGAAGAAAUUGUCCCUUGAGAAUGUAAUCGGUAAAUCAAGUUCCAGUUGCCCCCACACACCCCCGCUCGGGAUCGCAUGAAUCUUUUGUGGCCACAACGAUAUUUCCAUUUUCUUGGUCAUCGGUGCCAUCUCCAAUUUGUUCCGAACCUUUUCCCACCUCUAGUUUCCCUCUACCCUGACUCUCAGUCUGAAUAAGGGUCUCGACCCGAAACGUCACCCAUUCCUUCUCUCCAGAGAUGCUGCUGCCUGUCCCGCUGAGUUACUCCAGCAUUUUGUGUCGAUCUUCCACUAUCUUAGUAUAAUUUAUUGUCACGUGUGCUAGUAUCCAGUCAGCGGAAAGACUAUACAUGAUUACAAUCGAGCCGUCUACAGUGUACAGAUAAAGGAUAAAGGGAAUAACAUAUCGUGCAAGUCCGAUUAAAUUAAAGUCCGAUUAGUCCAAGGGUCUCCAAUGAGGUGGAUGGGAAGUCAGGACAGCUCUCUACUUGGUGGUAGGAUGGUUCAGUUGCAACUGAUAACCGCUGGGAAGAAACUGUCCCUGAAUCUGGAGGUGUACAUUUUCGCACUUCUGUACCUCUUGCCUGAUGGGAGAGGGGAGAAGAGAGAGUGACCGGGAUGAGACUUUGACGGGCAUUGCCUGGGCUGGCGUACUAUUCUGGGCCAACAGGGGAGGCGAGGGGGCAUUAGAUGGCAGAGGCUGAAGUCUCACCCACGGACCAACCUUUCGGCAUCUUGUGAUGGGACUCAGCUGUAAGCAUGUAAAUAGUUAAGGGGCCGUCCCACUGCAGCGACCUAAUUGGCGAGUUGAGAAGAGUUUGCCCUCAACUCAUACUCGCAGCAUGGUUGACACGAGGUCCUAGGAGGUCUUCGUAACUCUCCUUCAUGCUCGAGAGCAGUCCCCGCAUAUUCGAGGCCUCAGCUAGUUCACGGUGCAUUUUUCAACAUGCUGAAAAAUGCCCGCGAUUAAAAAAAGGGCGCGUGGAAAAAAAUCAAUACUUUUUUUUACUCGUAGGUUUAGGUCGUGGUAGCUCGGCAUGUUAGUCGUAGGUAAUCGAGGGUAGUGGAAGGUGAUUGAAAGGUAGACGUAGAUAGUCUUCAACAAAGUCGAAGGGAGGUCGAAGGAGAUCAAAGGAGGUCGGCUUCACCCUCCACUAUUCGGUGUCCAAUUUUCCCGAAGGAGGUUGAAGGAAGUCUUCAACAUAGUCGAAGGAGGUCUUCAACAUGACACCUUUUCAAACUCUCUUGAACUCUUCUAAGCUCGCCAUUUCGGUCCCCGCAGUAGGACAGCCCCUUUACAUGAUUCAUUAAAAAAAAAAUUUAAAACUGAAUUAAACACUUCUCGGUUUCAGUUUAUCAUUGUCACGUGUACGGAGGUACAGUGAAAAGCUUUGUUUUGCAUGUUAGCUAAUCCAAUCCGAUAUACCAAGGCGGCAUGGUGGCCCAGCGGUAGGGUUAAUGCCUUACAGCACCAGAGACCCGAGUUCGAUCCUGACCACGGGUGCUGUCUGUACGGAGUUUGCACGUUCUCCCUGUGACCGCGUGGGUUUUCACCGGGUGCUCCGGUUUCCUCCCACACUCCAAAGACGUGCAGGUUUGUAGGUUUUCAAUUGGCUUGGUGGAAUAGAUGCAAAUUUGCCCCAGUGUGUGGGAUAGUGUUGGUGUAUGGGGGUCGCUGGUCGGCGCGGACUCAGUGGGCCGAAUGGCCUGUUUCUGUGCUGCAUCUCUAAACUAAACUAAACCAUACAUAAAUACAAUCAAGUCAAAUAGGUCGAGCAAAGGGGAAGAUACAGAGUGCAGAAUAUAGUUCUCACCAUUGAAGGGCAUCAUUUCAAAACAAACUGAACUGCCGUUAAUUCAUAUAUUUAGCAUAUUUCAUGUGUAUAUGUGUUUCGUUGAGCUACUGGAGGCCAUUCAGUCCAUCAAAGUACUGCUAGCAAUUGUAUCCCACCAUCUCUUCCUAUGAAAUCUUUUCCCUCUCACCUUAAACCUUUGUCCUCUGAUUCUCGAUUCCCUUACUCUGGGCAAGAGACUCUGUGCAUUUACCCGAUCCACACGUCUCAUGAUCUUAUACAACUCUGUAAGAUCACCCUUCAUCCUCCUGCGCUCCAAGGAAUAAAGUCCUAGCCUGCCCAACCUCUCCCUGUAGUGCAGGUCCUGGCAGCAUCCUUGUAAAUCUUCUCUGGAUCUUUUCCCAGCUUGACAACGUCUUUCCUGUAACAUGGUUGAAUGAAGGAAGUUCCCAAAUUCCAUGCUGGGGCAGACAGGAACAGAAAUGUGGCUGUUGUGUGAGCUGCCGUCCUGCGGGGAAUUCCUAACCCACUGGAAACAUUUCCCAGCCCGAUUAAAACCAGUGUCCUGCACUUCCCAUCCCACACUACAGUGGAAAAGCAACACAAAUAAAUUGGCAGAACAUUUCUUAAUGUC